UAUAAAUGGUUUGCCCUGCCCCGUCCCCUAAACUCUGGGUACACGGUUUUCGUCCCGGGAUUUGAGUAUUAUCACAUGACAGUUGGUCUACUGCUAAAAUGAGAUUCCGGUUUUGUGGGGAUUUGGACUGCCCAGACUGGGUUCUUGCCGAAAUCAGCACUUUGACGAAAAUCUCAAGUGUGAAGAUGAAACUCCUCUGUGUCCAGGUGUUGAAGGAUCUGCUAGGAGAGGGCAUUGAUUAUGACAAAGUUUCAAAGCUAACUGCAGAUGCAAAGUUUGAGGACGGAGACAUGAAGGCCAGUGUAGCCGUGUUGACCUUCGUCCUGUCCAGUGCAGCCAAACAUGAUGUGGCCAGUGAUUCUCUCUCCAGUGAGCUGCAGCAGUUAGGACUCCCUAAAGAACACACCACAGGACUGUGUAAAUCCUAUGAAGACAAGCACAUAGCCCUGCAGGAGAAGCUAAGGGAGAGCAGUCUGAGAUUGGGUCGGUUGGAGGGGGUGUCGUGGCGUGUUGACUACACCCUGAGCUCCAGUGAGCUUCAGGAGGUUAAUGAGCCCACAGUGCAGCUCUGUCUCCAGACCCAAGGGGCAGAGACCGGAAACACAGAGACCACCGUCGUCUCUGUGUCUGCAGACAAGUUCAGAGUCCUGCUGACAGAACUAAAACAAGCACAGGCUAUGAUGAAUGCACUACAAUGAAGCAAGGUAUCGAAUAAUGAUGCAGUGAAUGGAUCAGAGGAAAGUCAAUCAAGAGUGCAAGACAUUGACAGAAUAUCAUACAGGAUGAGUGGACCAUGAUCUUUUGAAUGUAUUUUGUACAUUAUAAGUGUUUAUUAUUCUAUAAUUGUUAUUAAAUAUGUUGAUGUAUUUCUCAUUUGUCCAUGUCGAAUCUAUGAUGUGUAUUUCCUUGAAAAAAUUACAACUUUUACAAUUAAAAAAUGUUUUGUCUACUUGCAAUUUGUUAAUUAGAACAUGUGUAAGAGUAGAACUUACCCUCCAGUAACAUUUGGUAUCGUGUAACCGUAGAUAUUAAGUGUGGAACUACAUUUCCCAUCAGCCAUUGCUCCUUUUAAGUAUCGCUACUGGCCGACUAAGGUGCAUCACUGAGUGGGUGUGUUGAUGUGAGUCGCAGGUCCAGAAGCAGAACACAAUCACCAGGACGCCUUCGGGUCAAGAGAUGCACCUGGCCAGUCUGUCAACAGGAUGUGUUGAGGGUGGUCUUCACUGGCCCUGUACAGAGACUUCAGAACCAGGCACAUUGAAUUUAUACUGGUACCUGUGUAUAUAGCCGAGUUAUCUUUACUCAUUGUGUAUUUAUUAUUACUUUUAAGUGUUUUGCUUUUCAAUUUCUCUUUUCUUUCUCUCUGCCUUGUUUUACUGUUAGUCUACACAUGUUGUUUAGUAAGCAUGUUAUGAAUAAAGAUGAAUCAGAUGUCACCAAAA